UCCUUUUGGAAACUGUAAUCUUUAGGUAAAGUUGGUCUUCAAAGUUUGUUUAUUUGUAAUGUUGGUGCUUCUGGAUGGGGUCUUUGAAAUGUACAGCGAUGUAUUAGGGUUAUUUACGAUCAGUGCAGCAGUUAAAUCUUAGUAAUAAUGUGCUGAUGAGCUCUGAACGUUGUGUGAUGUCUGUGCCAGGGAAGGCGAAGAAGGAACGAAAGACGAUCACAAUCGAGAAGAAAAUGGAUGUGAUUCGUCGUAUGGAGUCUGGAGAACGACGAUCCGCCGUGUGCAAAGCUCUGCAUUUAGCCCCAUCCACUGUAUCGACGAUCAUGGGCAAUGUGGAUAAAAUAAAACGUACGUACACGGGUGCAACGAGGUUGUCAUCAUCGAGAACAACUUAUUCACGCAGCGAAGCUAUGGAGGAAAUGGAAAAGUUACUUGUCCUUUGGGUGGAAGAUUCCAACCGAAAUAACGUUCUUGUAACGCAGGCCGUGGUGCUGGAGAAGGCCAAGACGUUAUUUGAUGAGAUAUGCAUGCAGUCAGGUAGCACUGAAACCUUCAAUGCAAGUAAAGGAUGGUUCCAUCGGUUCAAGAACCGUACCAAAAUUCAGAUUACUAAAGUGUCUGGUGAGGCUACCAACAUUAAUGUUGCUGAAAUCUAUCCGUUUGAGUUUAAGCGAUUAAUAGAUGAGGGUACUUAUCAAUCUGACUUGGUUUUCAGUGUGGGUGAAGUGGGGCUGUAUUGGAAGAAGUUACCAAAUGGGAUGUACAUUGCAUGCGAGGAGGAGGUUGAGAGGACGGAUCAUUUGACAUUGUUCUUAGGUGGUAAUGCUUCUGGCACUUUUAAACUCAAACCAAUGUUGGUGUAUCAUUCAGAAGUGAUUAUGAAGGAUUCUGAAAUUCCUGUUCUUUGCCGCUGCAGCGAGAAGCUGAUCUUCAGCGAUUGGUACACCACAUACUUUUGUCCAGAAGUGGCUCAGUUCUGUGCUGUUAACGGUUUACCUCCUAAAGUCAUGCUGGUAUUAGACAAUGCCCCAGGAAACCUACAGGAAACGGAUAAUGAUCAAUUGGAAGUUGAGAUUGUGUGUUUACCACCGCACGCUUCCACUCUUUUGAAACCCUUGGAUCAAGGCGUAAUUGCAACUUUUAACGCGUGUUAUUUACGCGCGAUCUUCAGAGGAAUCGCCGACGCUGUCCAAUCCGACGCAAAAAUCAGCGACCAUUGGAAAUCUUACGAUAUUUUCAAAGGAAUAACGAACAUCGAUUCCGCUUGGGAAGAAGUGUCUCGAUCUUGCAUGAACAGUGCUUGGAGUAAACUGUGGCCUGAAGCGGUUAUUAAUUUUACUGGUUCUGAGUCCAUCUCUGAUAUAAUUGAUGAUAUUUGUGGCAUAUCUAAAUUGAUUGGGAUUGACGUUCAACCAGAUGAUGUUGAGCUGUUACUGAAGAGUCAUUUUGAGCCACCUCCAGAUAAAGAUUUGUUGGAAUUGGCUGAGCAGAAAUUAGAGCAACAGAAGACUGCAGAGGAAGUUGAGGAGUUGAAGCCAACGAGGAUGUUGGAGACGAAACAUGUUCAGAGUUUUCUGGACAAGAUUCGUUGUGCGUUUGAAGAAAUCUGUGAUAAUGAUCCCGAUUGGGAACGUAGCCAUGGCAUCCAAAGCGACGUCAACAUCUUGCUGAAGCCAUACUACAAGAUCUUGGAAGAAAGAAGUGCAAAAUUGCAACAUUCUCCCAGUUAAUAUGUAUGUUAAAUAAAUUAUAGAAAAAACAAUCAUAGAUUUUUUAAAAGUAAUCAUUGUAAAAUGAUUAAC